AUGGCACCCUUCGAUCUGGACGCAUGUAUUCAACAAUUGCUCCGGAAGCAACUCCUCCAUGAAGCACUUCUCCGCGAAAUAUGCGAGAAAACAAAAGAGGUCCUCAUGCGGGAGUCAAACGUCGUCCACGUUAGUGCUCCAGUGACAGUGGUCGGAGACAUUCAUGGUCAGUUCUACGACCUCAUCGAGAUAUUUCGGAUAGGGGGAUAUGCUCCCGAAACCAACUACCUCUUUCUGGGCGACUACGUCGACCGAGGACUAUUCAGCGUCGAAACAAUCUCGCUCUUGACAUGCCUGAAGCUACGAUGGCCUGACCGGGUGCAGCUGAUUAGAGGUAAUCAUGAGUCGAGAGCGGUCACCCAGACGUACGGCUUCUAUACCGAAUGUGUGCGGAAAUACGGAUCCUCGCAUGUCUGGACAUAUUUUACGGACAUGUUUGACUUCUUGACAUUAUCUGUGGUGAUUGAUGACAAGAUAUUUUGCGUUCAUGGUGGGCUAUCGCCCUCAAUACAUUCAAUUGACCAGAUCAAGGUCGUUGAUCGAUUUCGAGAAAUUCCCCACGAGGGUCCUAUGGCGGACUUGGUGUGGUCAGACCCGGAUCCGGAGAAGGAAGACUUCGCCAUCUCACCACGCGGCGCCGGCUACACGUUCGGUUCUGGCGUAGUAUACAAGUUUCUCGAGACAAACAAUAUGUCGCACAUCCUGCGGGCACACCAGCUCUGUAUGGAGGGUUACGCAUCACUAUUUGACAAACACCUAUCGACGGUGUGGUCCGCACCCAAUUAUUGUUAUCGAUGUGGAAAUUCUGCAAGUAUAUUGGAAGUGGGGCCUGGCGGAUCAUCAAUGUACUUCAACGUGUUUCAGGCGGCCCCCGAGAACGAGAGGGAUGGGCCCAGCCAUCAAGCGGCGCAGAACGCGGGUGGAAGAUUGCCGGAAUACUUCCUGUAA